CGCCCACGUGCCCCUAAAAACCGACCAGAGGUGCCAGGGUAGACCCCAGCUCUAAACGAAGGCCAAUAUUGCCACCGGCAGGUGCUAUCGGUCAUGCUCCGUUCGAUGGGUGUUUGCAAUCGCCCGAUAAGGGCUGGGUGCACACAGGGCAGCCUACGAAGCCAGUGACUCCAUCCCGCCGACAUCGGUCGGUCGUCGGUCGUCGGUCGCCCGCCACCGGACCGGGGCACCUGAGGUCCGCUGUCUGCCGAGGUCGGGUUUCCGGCCGGGCCGCCGCCCCCAGUAGACCCCGGUAGAGCCGGCGACCACCGGCCGCUGCACGGGUCAAUACCGCACAGACGAGCAGCGCGCGCCGGCGGCGGCGUGGUCGAGCGGCGACCAAUGAGACGCUCCGCUGCGGGGGCCCGCACCCGGGGGUCAGGCGGAGGUCAGAGCGACCAGUGCCCUGCGGCGAGCUGCACUGUGCGUGUCACACCCGCGACAGCCCACACCAUGAAGGCCGACGAUCAGCAAGAUGAACGCCAAAAGGACGCCGUUGUGCGCCUUCGGAACCCGCACGUGGCCAACAUGAAGUCGGACAUCCUGUACCACCUGGCGCUGGGCUCCGGCUCGCACGACCUCGAGGCCAUGUUCGGAGAUGUCAAGUACGUGUGUAUGGGCGGCACACCGCGCCGCAUGGAGCAGUUUGCCCGCUUUCUGAUGGACGAGAUCGGGUACGAGCUGCCGACGGGCGCGCAGCUGAGCGACAUCUCGCAGCUCUCCUACCGCUACAGCAUGUACAAAGUCGGCCCCGUGCUCUCCGUCAGCCACGGUAUGGGUAUUCCCAGCGUGGGGAUCCUGCUGCACGAGAUGAUCAAGCUGAUGUACCACGCCAAGGUGAAGGACCCGACGUUCUUCCGUCUGGGCACGUGCGGCGGCAUCGGCAUCCCCGGCGGCAACCUGGUCAUCAGCGAGAGCGCCGUCGACGGCAUGAUGAACCCCUACCUGGAGCUGCCUGUACUGGGUAAGCUGCUGCGCCGGCCGGCCGUGCUGGACAGGCAGCUAGCCGAGGACCUGAAGGCGCUGCACAUGCCGGACGACAAGUGGGACACCUACAUCGGCCGCACCAUGUGCACCACUGACUUCUACGAAGGUCAGGGCCGGCUGGACGGCGCCUUCUGCGACUACACCGAGCAGGACAAGCUGAACUUCCUGAAGAAGAUCCACGCUGAGGGCAUCAUCAACAUGGAGAUGGAGUCGCUGAUGUUCGCCGCGCUGUGCCACCACGCCGGCAUCCGCGGCGCCGUCGUCUGUGUCACUCUGCUGGACCGGCUCAAGGGCGACCAGGUGGACACUGACCAGCGCACGAUGCACGAGUGGCAGGAGUACCCGCAGCGGCUGGUGUCGCGCUAUAUCCGCCGCCAGCUGGAGCAGCACCAGGAGCCCGGCACGCCCGGCUUCCAGGCGGCGCACAACACGCUCAGCCCCUGCGAGCCGGGCGUCAUCCGCUCGCUGUCGCAGCUCAACCUCACCCGCCAGACCUCCGAGCAGGUCAACAGCUCCGAGUAGGUGGCGCUCGCGUCGCGCCGCUACAGGUGGCAGCACCAGUCGCCGCUUUAUCAGAGUUCUCAGUGUGGAGCGAACGGCUGCCUUGGUGUUAGAUGCCAGCUUCUUAUUUGAUCCGUGGGUGAGUUUUGAUAGUGUUGAGCAACAUCAAAGAACAUUGAAAGAACAAGAUGUUCUUCUAAAGUUAAAACUUCCAGCAAGAUGGACGGUGAAGGUUUAGGCACUGAGUGUUUGCAUGUGAUAUGCAUUCAAGAGCGUGAUCAGAUGCAACUGGAAAGUCCCGUAUUCGAAGUGCAGGUUCGCAGGUGCAGUUUUACUGUACAUGAGCCAGGGGGCUUGGCUAGUUAUCAGCUUCAUUCCCUCGAUAUGUCAUAUUUAUGUUGUAGAACAUGGGGUUUAGCUUCACGUGCUCGCAUAUCGACGUAUGGACGCGCUUUCAUUGUUUCUAAGUGUAUUCUGUAUUCUUUCAAGUGUCACCGUUGCAUUCCUUCGAGGGCAAUAGCCACUGGCUGUAUACGUACCGAGUAAGACGCGUAUCGCCGUCGUUUCGUUAUUCCUGAACUGUUUGUGAGCGUGUGAGAGAAUAAAGUUAUUAGUGUAAAAUAAAGUACUGCAUACAG